UGGGUCGAGUAAACAUGCAGACUCUUCUGACAGUAAGUUAGUUCGUUUGUCAGCGCAGUGGGAGAUCGUUGGCCGAGUAAUUGUUAUGAGCGUUUAUCAUCGCUAUUCUAAUAGAGGGAACGGAUAAUUGAUAGUGUAAUUACAGCAUGCGUACUGAGACUAGAUCUAUGAAUACGAGACGAGAUAAUGUGCCGAGUCAUUGUGAUACGGGCACGUCUUGCGCUAUCACAAUACAAAUGCCAAAUCCAGAUUCAGUGGGAUGCGUGGAAAGAUUCGCUACAUUUCUAUCGUUUCUUCUCGUCGUCGUGACUUUCCCAUUUUCAUUGUUUGAAUGUUUUAAGGUGGUGCAAGAAUUUGAGAGAGCUGUCAUAUUUCGUUUAGGCAGAGUUCGGAAAGGUGGAGCUAGAGGUCCGGGAUUAUUCUUUGUAUUACCGUGCAUUGACACAUAUCGGAAAGUUGACCUGCGAACUGUUUCCUUUGACGUACCACCACAAGAGGUUUUGACCAGAGAUUCAGUCACAGUUGCAGUGGAUGCGGUUGUUUAUUACAGAAUUAAAGAGCCUCUUAAUGCUGUAGUUAGGGUUGCUGAUUACAGUGCGUCAACUCGUCUUUUGGCCGCUACAACUCUGCGAAAUGUGCUGGGAAUGAGAGACCUGGCACAAUUACUAUCUGACCGUGAAGCUAUAAGUCAUAUGAUGCAAGCCAAUUUAGAUGAAGCCACUGACCCCUGGGGUGUUGAAGUCGAGAGAGUAGAAAUCAAAGAUGUUCGAUUACCAGUUCAACUGCAACGUGCUAUGGCAGCAGAAGCCGAAGCAGAUCGUGAAGCUAGAGCUAAAAUAAUAGCGGCUGAGGGUGAGAUCAAGGCUUCGAAGGCAUUGCGUGAAGCUUCGCUUGUUAUGAUUGACAAUCCAAUGGCUCUCCAGUUGCGGUAUCUUCAGUCUCUGAACACCAUAUCAGCAGAGAAAAACUCCACAAUUAUAUUUCCGUUCCCGUUGGACUUUUUACGAACCUUCCUAGGCACUGGAACGACAACAACGACAAACACAGCGGGACCAAGUGGAAUACGAUCAUCGCUUCCAAUGUAGCCUAACAUUAAGUAUUUUUUAUGAGAAUAAGUGACGAUACGAAUAAGGCGUUCACCUGAUUGUUAGUGAUGGACUGCCCUUUACAAUGCGAUACCGAUGCAAUGUCUUGAUUGGACCCAAAAUUGCCCAAUCCUAGCCAGCCCCAGCUAAUACCCUAGCCGGCAUUCUAUGAUCAAAUUAGCCUUCCACUCGUAAUAGUAAUUAUUGUAGUAGCUUCUGCUAACACUAAAUCGUUACUACGUUUAGUAGCAAAAGUGCCGCGCAUAAGCUAUGGUUUCUGUAUAAUCGAAGUUCCAUGUCAAAGUACCAUAAUAAUGUAAUAAUCUAUUUCCAUAGCAGUUUCGGCCCAAAUGUAUGUUCAACAGACCUUGCACAUUUUCUCAAUUUAAUUGCAUUUUUUGUUUAAUACCUUGAAGUUCUUUUUUAUUUUAAAUAGACUGUUUAAUUUUUAUAAAAUUAAUAGAACCAAUAGAUUGAAAUUAAAAGUAUUUAAGAGAAGCUUUCGAUUUUUAAAAUCAAGCUCUAAUCACGGAAAUUGAAGUGAUUGUAUUGUUUUUCUUUAUAUUGUUGUAUUAAUUUGCGUUACAGCUUAUUUUAAUGUUGAAUACAAAGAUGAUAUUGAAAAUAGUGGACGUCUUUAUAUAAAAGUAAUCAAAAGUCUGUCAUCACGCCUAUUAUUCUGUACAUACUCUUAGUUAUAGUUUAGCUUAAGUCCACCGGAAUCUACUCUAGUCUUGAUGUAAUAUUAAUAAAUAAUUCUAAUGUAAUCUUAAUUAGAAUUCAAAACAAUAUUAAAAAAUGAAAUGUUA